GCCUCGCGCCGCCGCCCGGCCCGACCUCGCGCCGCCGCUCCCGCCCCGCCCGCGCACGCGCAGCGGAGGCCACGCCCCCCUCCUCCUCCACUGCUCCGCCUCCCCUCGGGCCACGCCCCCGCCCCCCCGCCCGGCCCCGCCCCCCCGCGCUCCCGUUCCCGCCGGCGCCAUGAGCGGGUGGGCGCCGUACGUGGAGACGCUGCUGGCGGACGGCACGUGCCAGGACGCCGCGAUCGUGGGGUAUCGCGACACGCCCGCGGUCUGGGCCGCGGCCCCGGGGAAGACGUUCGCCAACAUCACGGCGGCGGAGGUGGCGGCGCUGGUGGGCCCCGAGCGGGGGCCGCUGCUGGUGCAGGGGCUGACGCUGGGGGGGCUGCGCUGCUCCGUGAUCCGCGACUCGCUGCUGGUGGAGGGCGAGCACAGCAUGGACCUGCGCAGCAAGAGCGCGCCGGGGGCGCCCACCUUCAACAUCACGGCCACCAUCACCAACAAGACCAUCGUGCUGGUGAUGGGCAAGGAGGGCGUCCACGGCGGCGUCGUCAACAAGAAAUGCUACGACAUGGCCGCCCACCUGCGGCGCUCCCAGUACUGAGGGACCGGGAUCCACCGGGAUCCACUGGGGACCACGGGACCCCCGGGACCCCCCGGGACCCCCGGGACCAGCAGGAGCCUCCAGGGACCAUCAGGACCUGCCCCUCCCCCCCCCGCUGCCGGCAGCAAAAUAAACGAACAGCCUGUGGGGAGAGAA